UUGCAGCACUUGAAGAACGCAGCACGCGUAAGCGUAAGGUCUGGCCAACUCAAAAGGAUGAGGAGGAGGAGGAGGAGAAGGCAGGAGGAGGAGGAGGAGGAGGAGGGAUCCUCGCCUCCGCUGCAGCCGCCCGCCGCCCGCUUCUGGCCCUGCGCCCGCCGACGGGGGCCCCGAGGCGCGGGCCGCAGCGCGCGGCGAGCGGGCGAGAACACGAGGGGGCGCCACGGCGCGGCAGGCGGGGGCAGGGGCGGAGGCCGCGCACGCAUGCACCGGCGACGUCGGCGCUGCAUCGGCGACGUCGGCGUGGGGCAACUCGGGCUCCACAUCAAGCCGCGUCGCCGACGCAUCGGCGAUGCGGGCGCGAUCAACCGGCCCCAGCCACUCGGACCACACCUCGGCGGCCGGGAGCAGCAAGGUCCCGGAGCGAAUCUGCGGCUCACCGGGGCGCUGGCGCCGAGCAGCCAGGCGGGCACCCUCAGCGGUGGCGGGCCCAGAUCCUCUUCGCCGCGCUUGCGCGCUCGGCGGCGACCGCGGAGGCUACAUCGGCAGUUGCGCGUGCCGGCUCACACUCGUAGGUCCUCGGUCACGCCCGAGAUGCCCGCGUUGAGCCGAUCGGACAACAUCUUCUGGAUGUC